UCACUCUAUAAAAAAGAAGUUUAAUACAGUUAUAGUAAUUAAUAUGCAAUCUUGAUCAAAUUAUUCGUAUAUACCAAAGAGCAUUAAGCAAGCUUUUCUUGGUGAAGAGGUUGAAGAAAUCAAAGAAGAAGAAUGGGAAGUCCACUCAGACUCCUUAAAUGAGAGCCUUGACUCUGGCAGUGACGAAGAAGUAUCUGUAGGAGAAAAAGAGGAUGCCAUGAGUUCAUCAGAAUCAUGUAGUGAUUCUGAUGAACUGAUUGUCCUUCGAGGUGUAGGGUUAGAUUUUGAGAGCCAAAAGAAGCCGAAGGCGAGUAAAAAGAGAGCAUUGGCCACUAAAAAUAAGACAAUGUCUUCAAGACAAACUCCAGUUGUGAAGAAAGCAUCAAUGCAGCUAAAGAAGAAGGCAGUCAAGGAAAGAAUCAACAGACAAGGCAGAGUCUUUAAAGCUGAAGUUGACACUAAUGUAAUGUCUAUUGACCUGAAAGUUCUUAAGGAUGAUGGCAAUAUUGCUUCAGGAGAUCCUGUCUUUUGUGAAGGAUGUAGAGCUGUUCUUAAUAUCCACAGUAAACUUAACCCUUCAGCUGAGCCAGGGUCUGAUGAAAGUCUUUGGAAAUGAGAAUUUUGAGGUUUCUCUAAUGAGAUUACAAUCGAUCAAGAAGAAGCUCCUUCUAAAGAAUCUCUUAACUAUCUACUAGAUACAGGAGAACCUGAAGCUGUUGGUGAAGAUCAAGAGGAAGAGAAAACUAGCUCUAAAAAUAGUGAAGCUCCUAUAAUAUUCUGCAUUGAUGUGAGCAAGUCAAUGGAUCAACCUGCAGAUGGUCAGAAACCCAAAUCUACUCUUCAUUAUAAUAAAGCUAUGCCUGUAAGAGAGCCACCAAAGCCAAUUAACUCUAGGUCAAGUAUACCCUAUAGAAGGGCUCAAAGACAUGUCCCAAAAAGGGCUUCUGCAGGUCCUACUAGAUACCAAGGGAUUAGCAAGGCAAUUCUUGAACAGAUCAAAGAUAUGGCUGAAACUAAAAGGAAGGUUGGAGUAGUAUUCUUCAAUAACAGAGUCCAAAUCCAUGGGGAUGGAAGUCUAGAGCCUUUUGUCUUAGAUAUGAAUAACUCUAAACCUUCAGAUCCAAACAUUCUGAACUCCUACGAAAACUUAUUGGAGCAGGGUGAAAAAGCUGCUGGAAUCUAUAUGGCCAAAGGAAUUAACUAUUCUUUGAAAAAUAUCCAGAAAUUGGUCAAUACUAAAAAAAUGGGAGGUUCGACGGCUCUAGGCCCAGCUGCUGUAGCUUCAAUUGCUAUGGCUGGAAAGCUCGGCAACGGUGCAACCGUUGUAAUCUGAACAGACGGACUCUCAAACGUCGGUGUUGGAAACCUGGCAGAUAUCAGGAGAGGAAGGACCACUGAGAAAGAAGUAGACUUAUUCUAUAAUACACUUGCUGAUUAUGCUAAUCUCAAAGGAGUAUCAGUCCAUCUGAUUAGUAUUAAGGGAGAGCACUCUGAUCUCCAAACUUUGAUGACUCUUAGUGAUAAGACAGGAGGCGAUGUCAAUAUUAUUGAUCCAAGUCAAGCUGGUGAGGGCUUCGGAAAGAUAGUUAAAAGGGCUACUAUAGCAACUAAUGUCACUCUGAAAGUUAAGCUGAACAGAGCAUUAGAAUUUAGAAAUGAAAAUGAAGAAGAUCUCAGUUCUGACAAAACAUUACUUACUAGGAAAAUUGGCAAUGUCAACGAGGACAGCCAAGUCACUUUCUCUUAUAAAAUCAAAGAUCUUGUGGAUCUUAAAAAGCUAGAUAGAUUUACUCUUGACGAAUUGAAUUAUAUCCCAUUCCAAUGAAUUGUCGAGUUCACCAAGCUCGAUGGAAAGAAAUGAAUUCGUACAAUUACUAAAAUUUUAAAAUCAAGUGAUGAUAAAGCUCAGAUAGAGGAGGAAGUGGAUAUUGGAAUCAUUGCAGUUAGUGCUGCUCACCAAGCCUCAAAUCUUGCAAGACAAGGAAAGUUCAGAGAAGCUCAAGCUCUAUCUCUCAACAACAAGAAGUUCCUUAAGAAAAAUGCUCAUUCAACUACAGAUCAGAAAGUGGUCAAAAAUUGGAAAAGAAACAUGAACUCGAUGUAUGGUCAGAUUCAUGACCAAAAUAACCUUGAAGAAAUGGCUUCCGACAGUGAUACAUUUCCUAAAAUGCGGAUGGUUAAGGCAAGCAAGAAAGCCAUUGUCCCAUCUCAAGCCUUAAUGUCUACUGCAUCUUCUAAACCAGCCUCAAGAGGACUUGGAGGGAUGAGAUCUAAAGCCAAGAUGCCAUCAAGGAAAUUCAAGUCAAAAAUGGGCGAUGCUUUAAGCUCAAAUCUUAACCAACAGUUGAGGUUUAAUAAGAACUCUUUAUUCUAG